AUGUAAAUUGGGCAUGUAAUUGAGUGAAGGACCAGUGGCUACCCCUUAGGUACCUAAGUGUAGCAAUGUAUUGUCCCUUUUAGCGCAAGCUCAGCCAAUCAGACUUGAGAUUGUGUGCCUGCUGCUGAGAACAGUGCCCUGGACUGCCUGAAGAGUUCAGCUUCAGAGAGCGUCCAAUCAAAAAUAGGUACCUGCCUAGGCACUUAUCCGUGAAUGCUGUGCUUUUACCAGGGUUUUAGCGUGAGAAGAUCUACAUAACCUAAGCCGCCCCGCAGGUCCUUCUGCUCUCCCAGCCCUUCAUCAAUCCCUCUCCUCCACCAAGAAUAGCGUUAUUAGGUGCAUUAUCUCAUAAGCCAUGGCCAUAGAGACAUUAUCAGACGCGAUCUCUACCACAUUCGGUUCGUUGUGCAUCGCCUCUGCGCUGCCUUUCAUUGGGAUUCCCUUCCCGAGUCAGGCAUGGGCAACCUACUACGCCGACAAGAAUCGCUGGAUGUCGAAGUUAUCUAACGGACGUCUGACGCCGAAGCAGGCUGGAUACGUGGGUGCUUUAUUAAGGGUCGCGGUCGGUUCAUGCUGUAUCUACCAGCCUACUCGGGUUGCGGCCCUACUUAUCAAUGGUGCUAUUGUGUGUCGCGGUACCGUCGUCGCAUACCGAGACAAAAGGCCGAUGAGACCGCAAUGGACGAUGCUGAGCGCUGUUGGACUGUGUUUGGUUCUAGAGCAGCUGAACCUAUGACAUUACCGCUACCCCUAUGACGAUACAGAUCGACGGUCAUUUUAGCAGGGUUUUGGUAGAUAGGGUGUGUUCGGGCGACAUUUCGCCUUAUUCGGAAAUCGCAUUCUAUUGAAAGCACCGGCAUAACCAAUCCUUCCUAAACCUGCCCUUGCAAACGGAAUAUCGUUGCGGUAUUAAAUGAAGAAGAGAGCAACAAAACAAAUUGAGAUCCAGCUGAAUGUAUUUAGAUUUCGUCCUAGAACGCAUGACGUAAGC